CUCGCUGUCUGAACCAUCUGAAUAAUAUUAAGUGAUACGAAAGUACGUCAAUUAUUAUAUUAUAUGAGCGAAAAAAGAUUAGAGCAAAGUAGAACAGUGUAGUGAAGAUAAAAAACAGUAAAAACAGUUUUUUAAAUCUUCAUGUAUUUUUUUUUUGUUCUGAAUCAAUUAGUAGUGGAGACUUAUUAUAGGCACAGCAUUAGCUCUUGACGAGGUCGAAUAAAAUUAUAUGAAGAAGUCAACGUGACUCGGGAUAAACUGAAGACAAUAAUCAUGAUUGCCAUGAACAUCGUUAUUCUCGUUAGCUGUAUAAUUAUUGGAGAGUAUAUGGCUGAGGCAACUGAUGAUUUGAUUGUUGAAUUAAUACAACCUCGGGGUAAAAUUCGGGGACAUACUUUGGUAAGCGCUAAAAGUAAUGAAUACUAUGCUUUUCAAGAGAUUCCUUAUGCCGCACCACCUGUUGGAGAAAACAGAUUCAAACCACCAAAAUCCCAUCAGGGUUGGGAGGGAAUACUCGACACAACAAAAAAUACGAAGAAAUGCUAUCAGUUCCAGACCUUCAUCCCUAGUGAAUUGAAGAAUGGAGGAAGUGAUGACAUAGCUAUGUCAGAAGAUUGCCUUUUUUUGAAUGUCUACACACCAGUGAAACCUGGAUCCGAAAAAGCACUACCGGUUUAUUUUUUCAUCCAUGGUGGAGCUAAUGCAGUCGGAGAUGGAACCUAUGCUAGUUUAGGACCAAAAUAUCUCAUAGAUGGAGAAAUAGUCAUAGUAACCAUGAACUAUCGUUUAGGGCCAUUUGGAUACCUUUCGAUUCAUCACAAAGAUAACUCUGGAAAUAUGGCACUAAAAGACCAACACAUGGCCUUGCAAUGGACCCACCGAAAUAUCCAUCUGUUUGGAGGUAAUCCCAAGGACAUAGUACUUGGAGGUCAAAGUUCCGGAGCGUUCUCUGCAGGCUUCCAUCUGCUUAGUCCAAAAACUGAAGGACUUAUAACUGCUGUAAUUCAACAAAGUGGGUCUCCACUCAGUGCAGCUGCUUAUAUGGCCAGUGCAAAACGUUUUGCCUUGACCUUGGGAAGAGCCCUUGACCCAUCUAUUACCGCACAUAACAAUAGUCAUCUGAUAGAAACCUUGAAGAAGGCCUCACCAAAAGAUAUUCAAACAGCAUCCCUCAAGGUUUCGAGUCCAUAUCCUCUAGGUUUCAUGCAGAGCCCUUCGACUUGGGGACCAGUAGUCGAGAAUCACAAUUCUGACGAAGCCUUCAUCACCACUCCGAUGCACCAAGCGUUUAUGCGGGGUCAUUUCCAUCAAGUUCCAGCUCUUAUAGGCUUCAACUCACAAGAGGCAAUAUUUUUUUUACCACACGAUGACUCAGUGUUGGAGGAAGCAGCAGCUCGUUUUGAUUCGGAUCCUAGUAUGCUAGUCGAAGAAACAUUGAGGGUUGAAAAUAGGACUCUGGUAGGCAUUGAACUACGAGCAGCAUACACCUCCAAAACGUUUAAGAAUGAUUUUUCUGCUCUCGUCGAGUUCACAAGUGAUGUUGUGUUCAUGCAUCCUUCAAUUCGCCAAGCAGAGCUUUCUUCAAAGCAUGUACCCGUCUACUUGUAUCAGUUAUCAGCAGGAAAAAACGUUAAUGACAGAUUUCCAGGAAUUGCACAUGGUGCUGAUCUGAAGUACUUCUGGAAAAUGCAAUCUUCCUUUGACCAUUCACCUGUUGAUGAGUCUAUAAGAGAAGUCUUGCUGAGGUUAUGGUGGAAUUUCAUCAAAUAUAAAAAUCCGACACCCAGGAGAGAUGUUGUUUUGAAAAAUAUUGAAUGGCCUCCUGUUGAACCUGAAAAUAUACGAUAUCUCAACAUAAGUGAAGAUAUGAACAUAGGGACGAAUCCAAGCAAUUAUAGUGUUAUCAAAGGAGUAUUGGAAAAGUAUAUUAGACCACCUUAUUAUAUAUUCUGACAUCAUUAUCAGAAAUAAAGUUUCAUUA